AGUGUUAAGUUGAUAACCCUAACUUUCUAUCGUUUCCAUUUUUGUUGAUGGAGCUGAAUCAAUGUUAAUGGCAGCUCCUUAAGUCUCUACUUUGUAACUUCCAUUAAUUCGAAAUUUCAAUUCCUUUUGUGAAUUCUCAAUCCCUUCUCUCAAGCCACAAUUCUCUGUAAAAUCCCAAUUCCUUUAACCUCAACAUUGCUUCUCCCAAACACAGGAAUUAAAUUUCGGAGGCUUCGCGGAAUACAGAGAAAAUGUGUUUACAUUGUCAUUUUCUGGUGUACUGUCAUCAACCAAUUGGAUCCCAACGGUCUCUGCACAAGGGAUUUCUCGCUGUUUUGCCAUUUUCUCCCGUCUCUCCCUCCUUCAAAAUCGUGUUGCCUAACUUCACGAACCGAAUUCUGAAGCAUGAAAUUUAAUUUUAGUCUUUUCCUUUUGUUCUCUCACCUGAGAUGGAUUAAUUUGAUAAAAAACAGGAAAACCAAGAUGACCUUUGGAAUCCUCACACUCAAUAAUCUUAAAGAGUUCAUCUAAGCAAGAAGAGGAAUAAACGUAAGUCUUGGAUAAUUCUGAGAUCCUUGAGUCUUCAAAAGCACCAAAAAAGUGGAGAUAUGGACUUAAACGGUGCUAUUGCGGACAUAAUCCCUUGGGAUGGGAGUCUAUCUUCAAGUGAUUUUUUCCUGUCUGCUCGUACAUUUUCUGAGAAGUGGAAAAUGUUCAAUCCUUCCUUUCCUCCAUGGCAGUGGAUCCCGUGUCCUAAACAGCAUUUGGUUGCUUCUCAUAAGGUGGAAGGAUACUUGUCCAUGGAGAACAUGUGCCAUAUCAAAUCAAGUGAGGAAGAAGAGAGUAAUAGAAGUCUGACAUGGGAAGAAGAUAGCAACGAUUCACAGAGAGAAGAGCCCUUUGAUUGUGGCACUUUAGUAUGUCCAGAGCAUGAAGUAAACCACUAUGAUUUUCACAUCGUCUACAGUUCUUCAUAUAGAGUUCCAGUCUUGUAUUUUCGUUCAUACCAUAGUGAUGGGCAACUAUUGCCUUUCAAUGAAAUUGAAAAGGAUCUUCCCUGUCACUCUGCAAAGUUACUAUCAGAAUCGAAAUGGACAUUUAUAACUCAUGAGGAACAUCCACAUUUGAACAGACCAUGGUACAAAUUACAUCCAUGUGGGACGAGUGAAUGGAUGAAGCUCCUCUACGAUGGUGAUUCAUCUUUGAACAGAAAUGGUUUUGUUAUUGAACACUAUCUGGUUUCCUGGUUCUCAGUCAUUGGACAAGUAGUUGGUCUUAAAAUUCCUUUGGAAAUGCUGGAUACUGUAGUUUCUAACGAUUCUUAGACGUUUGUUCAUGCUUGCACAAAAGCAAUAUAAAUGAAUAGGAGACAAAGAAAGUUUCUGCCCGCCAUUUACGAUUACUGCUGCAGUUGCCAUUUGUACAUACGAUGUUUCUCCAGCAUUAAAUGAAUGGUGAAAUAUAUAUUUGUACAUGAUUUUUACUGGUAUAUGGGCUAUGCAAUUGGAACUAAGAGCCUGCGUUGAAAUUUCACUCGAUACAAUGUUGUUUCAUUUGCUUA